ACACAUUAUCAGGAUAUUUCCGGUUGAUCUGUAAAAAUGAUUGUUUACAAAUCUACUCAUUGUUUUAAUCCUUCACAGGUUAUUUAUAUAAAUAUUUCAGGAUAAAAUGUCACAACUGUCACAAAGCCAAGUUCAGGUAACAAUCGAACUUGGCCACACAGCAAGUUUCCGCAAAAAACAAACGUCGGAGGGGUUCACACAUGACUGGACAGUGUUUGUACGAGGUCCCGACGGAUCAAAGAUUCAGCAUUUCAUUGAAAAAGUUGUUUUCAACCUCCAUGACACCUUCAACAGACCCAAGAGAACUGUCAAAGAGCCCCCCUAUCAGGUGACCGAGUCGGGCUACGCCAGCUUCCUGUUGCCGAUCGACAUCUACUUCCGCAACAAGGAAUCGCCCAAGAAGCUCAGGUUUAAUUAUGAUUUGUACCUGAAUGCUGAAGGUGGUCCGUCCAUCAACCACAACCGCUGUGAGAAACUCACCUUCCAGAACCCCACUGAAGAGUUCCGACAGAAGCUACUGAAGUCAGGCGGGGUGCAGUAUAACAGCAACUCCCAGCAACCCUUCACUGAACUGUUCGGACCCCCCAUCACCCCUGACACUGGCAACAAGAGACCGGCCGGAAUCUCCUCCUCCAGCAGCAGCAGCAGCAGCAGCAGCAACAACAACAGGGAAAAGAGCUCAAAGAGCAAAGGUAGCAGCAGCAGUGUGGUGUCUAAACCCUCCACCCCACAGUCAUCCCAUGCCUCCGCCAUCGUCACAUCCUCAUCCUCCUCCUCCUCUGGCCCGGGCACGCAACCUAUUGCGUCCAAGGAACCAAAGACUUCUAAAUCUUCUUCUUCCUCAUCUUCAUCCUCUAGAGAGACAACGGGUCAGAAACGCCCUUCUACCACGUCUCCCACAGAGCAGACGUCGGGGAAGAAGAUGAGGAGAAGCUCCUCCACCUCCUCCACCACUGAAUCUUCCAAACACAAGUCUCACAAGUCAUCAAGCAAAAAAAAUAAAUCUGAAGAGGGUGAGUCAAAGAAAAAGUCAUCUUCCUCCAAACAUCGCAAAGAGAAAUCUCAUAAAGACAAGAAAAAGGAUAAGUCUGACAGCUCCAGUUCACAUUCUAAGGGAUCUUCUAGCUUGAGUAAGUCUUUGCCAGAGUUUAAACUUGACACUGAACUGCUAUCCCCCCUCCGAGACAGCCCUUCUAGAUCUGCCAGCCCCCCUCCCGUCAAAACAGACACGCUUGAUUCUGAGAGUGACAGUGAUUCAAGUGCAAGCCCUAAACAUCCCCUGCCAACACCAAAAAGCUCAACCUUAUCGUCGCUCUCGGAGGAUGAGGAGGAGAUGACAAGGAAGAUCCUGCAGGGGAAGGCGGAGGAUGAUUCCAGCAGCAGCUCCAGUAAGUGUGAUAGUGAACCUGUGAAGCCUGACUCCGGUAGUGACAGUGAGGACGAGGAUGUCAGGUCCACUCACUCUGCGGACACCAAGCUUCACUACCAUUCACACAACUCACCCAAACCCUCCAAGAACACUUCAGACAACCGGAAAUCCUCUCCUCUCAAAAAUGAAUCUAAAAGUUCUCCAAUGAAAGUAGAAUCUAAAUCAUCAAAGUCUAAACAUGGCAGUUCAUCAAGUUCAAGAAAAUCCUCAAAGCCAGAAACAAAAUCGAAAGACUCAAAAGAUAAAAAAGAAAGAUCUGAAUCUUCUUCUUCCUCUAAACAUUCACACUCAAGUAAAGACAGUCGAGGGUCAAAGGAGAAGAAAGACUCAGUGAAAGAUAAGGAAAGUGGUCAGUCAGAAAAUGGCCUCCCCGAGAAGGCUUCGAAUGGGGAGAAUAUCAAGGAGUUGCUGGACAUGCAGGUGACCCUCUGUAGAAUGACUGACCGCAAGAUACUACAGCAAAUCGCCAACUUAAUUGGUCAGACUGGUCUCUUCAAGGUCACAGAAACGUCCUUCAACUUUGACCUUUGUAACCUUGAGUCAGACAUAGUUAGGAAAAUUAGGAAUAUGAUCUCCGAAUCUAUUUCGUAAUUAGUAUCCAAUUUGGAAAAGCAAGAUGCUUUUAAUUUCAAGUGCUUGAAGCGCAUGACAGCUACUGACUGAAGUAUGGUCAUUAUUGACCGAAGGGCACAAGAUUCUUUGGACUCACGAGUUGAAGAUGGAAAUGGAAAGUUCCUUAUGUAUGUUUUUGAAGAUGGAAAUGGAAAGUUCCUUUUGUGUGAACAUGAAAUUGAUACAUAUUAUAUAUUGUUUGACUGAAAUGCUUAUUUUGUGUGUGAAUUUGUGUGUGAGAUUGUGACAGUGUUGUUUGAAUGAGACAUCUUUAAUAGAAUAACUAGAUAUGUUUGCAAACAAGUUUCCCAAGGAAACCACUCUCAUCUGAUAUCAUUGCCUUACAGAAAGUCAAUGAUUGGGAUAUAUUUAUGUUAUUAUUUUAUUGCAUGAGUGCUGGAAAGUCUUAUUUAAUUACAGAGGGAGCUCAUUUUGUUUAUUCUUGUGUAUUGACCAAGGAUGAGUUUACACGAUUAUGCUUUAAGCCAAGCCUUAUGAGUUCUGUUGUUUGCAUUUACUGAAACUAUAAUGUUGUAUUCUGUCUCACUACUGCCCAAGUAUGACUGCCAGGAACCCCAAGUCAGCACUAGUCUCAUGAUAGUCAUAACGAGACGGAAUCAUCCACAGUGUAUUCAAUAUUGACCUUGUUUGCUUUUCCAUUUUCAAAGGAGUAUUAAAUUCGAAUAUACAAAGGAAUGGAUCUUACCAGGCAGCGACUGCUGACAACCUGCUGCCUUAUAUACUAUAUAUACCAGGUCAUCAUUACUGUCAGUUUUUAUGUGUCUUGUCUCAUUGUUUUGAUAGAAAUGCUUGAACAGUUACAGAAACAUGAAUGGACCUAAGCAUUUAAUAUCAAAGGUAAUUUUUCAUACUAUUUAGACAAGAUUUGAUAUGUUAAGUCUAUUCUAGUUCACAUUAUGCAUCAACAGUUCAGAUGAUUUUUGUGAAGUCAAUUUCUGCUUAAAAUCUUUCAUCUGGAUAGAAACUAAGCUGGUGAGGUGAUACAUUGUACACAGCAUUUGUCAUCAAAUAGGAGACAAUUCAGCAACUUUGCUAGUCCUGUGAGGUAGUGUAAAUUAUAAAACUAACUCAAGCGUGAAUUAAAUGCAAAAAUGAGUGGUCUUUGCUCGCAUUAAUUAACUUCUCAUUUAUGUCUCCAAAAUGACUAUCAACAAUAAGAUGGCCUCACUGCACACUUUGGACAGCGGAAAUACCAACUUGAAUAGAAUAUAAACACAAACAAGGUUUAUCGAGCAGCAGAUGUAACUGGUAUAUAACAAUGUCAUUCAAAGAAUAUUAGUUACAUAAUGGGCAUCCGGUGAGUUAUCACUGCUGGGGUCAAGUGUGCUACCCACUUGUGUCAAGCUUGUUGACACCUCCGCAUACCAAUCAGUGAACUGUUAGGUUCAAUUGUUUUAUUGCAUUUUAACUUCCUUAAUGCCAGUCAACAGAGUAAACAUAUAAACUAUGUGUUGUUUUUAGGAAAAAAACCUUUUUAUUGUUUUUACGGAAGUGCUAAUAAGCGGUACUAUUUGCUUUUUGAUUUGGAUUAAGGUAAAUAAAUGUAUCAUUCAAUUGGGGAUGGGGUAGGGGGAGGGGAGUCACAUUGAUAUUGAGUCAUUUUCGCUAGGGGUCAGCAGUCGUUUCAAAUUAGAGACGCAUUAAUUUCCAGAUUUUACUUUAAAUGCAGGUAUACGUGAUGAUGAUGCCCAUGUUGUCAUUUCAACUCCAGCCCUUCUGUGUGACAUGCCCAAGACAUGUUUCACUCUCUUCCCCAGCCUCUGGUCAGUUAACACAGUAAGGGUGAUUGGAUGAAUGUGUUUAAUUAUUGAACAUAUCACCAGUCUAUGAAAGAACCGCCAUGUUUCACACAUUGUUUUCAUGUUCAUGCUCCAUGCUUCUGUUGUCUCAUGUUCAUUCCAUGAAUGCCUUGGCAGCUAUUAAUUCUGUGUAUGAGAAUUAUUUUUGUUUUUUCUCUGAAAGACAUACUCCAAAGUUCAUCCAUGUUUUAACUUGAAUGACCUAUGAUGGUAGUGAAGAUUGGUAGUAGAGCAUAUGUUGGUUGUCGGGUGAAUAACCAAUCCAGAGAAUGAGUUGUCGUUGAAGGCAUGGACAGAGAAUGCCAACCACUUGUUUAGUAUCAUGAUAAAGUGUAUCACUUCUAGCCAGCCUUCGAAGUUCACGCUUAUCCUCUUGUCCGAGACUAUUAUAUUGUGCUGAGGACAACCACAUUUCCAAUGAUACGGGUCCUCAUUGAAUACCAGCAUUUGAGGUCUAUUAUUUUGAACCAGUUCUCAAUGUUUAAAUUUGCUCCAAAUCAGAACUGAAUAAAACCUACAGAAAAUGUAAACAUAGUUAAUGAAAAGAAACAUUAUCCUCCAAGGACAUUUCGCUCACCCGGACAAGUAAAAUAAGUUUCUACUUGAAAAAAUGAAUUUCUACGGCUCCCACUACUCUUCAUGUCAAACAAGGUACAUUAAAAUGUCAUUUGUGUAGAUUAUAAGUUUGAAUGUUAAUGGUGUUCCCAUGGUCAAACAUUCACUUCAUUUAUAAGCAUGGGGAAUGUGUUAUGUAACUUUUCAAUGAUGAUUUCAUGGUGUUGAUGGAUCACAUCACAGUGGUAAGUGCUACACUACGGUGCUCUAGGAGUAAGUCCUAUAUAAUGUCAACCCCAGAGAGGGACGAGUCACAAUACCAGUGAUGGUGAAGAAUGUUUGUAUUGACAACAGCAGUUAAGCAAUAAAUAUGCUGUUAUGCCA